CCCAAUUCGAUUUUUGCUUUAGUUUCGCAGCUAAUAAUGGAGGCCAUAAAACGAAUCAUCAAAAUGACAAUGAAGACAAGAUUAAAUUAUUUAAUACACUGAUUUAUAGCACAAUAAAACCAUGAAAUCUAAAUCUAGAACCAAUGUUGCUGUUAAUAACAAUUUUGGCAACCUUAUGGUGUCACUUUUAUAGUGUCUCGACUUGGUUAGGACCUUUCCAUAAUAUUUUGAAAGCCUUAAAGUAAAUAUCGAAAACAAAACAACAUUUGUUUAUGCUUAUCCAAAUAAUAUUUAUAGUUGAUUCUUCAGUUUCCAAGUAGGUGGAAAUAAGACGGAAGAAAUAUGUUAUGUGUUCCGUGAGAAAAGGAGUCGGAUGGUUAUAAUAGCCGUACAGUUCAAGCUGUGUCGUGAAAAUCAAACACGAGUUUAUAAACAUCAGUUGCGGAUCAAUACGGGAAUGGGAGAGCAGCCGAUGAGAGUGCUUGCAUGUGGCGAUGUGGUAGGACGAAUCAACGCUCUCUUCAACCGUGUGCGGGCCAUUCAGAAAAAGAGCGGCCAGUUUGAUCUACUGCUAUGUGUAGGUGACUUCUUCGGCUCCUCGGCUGAGGCCGAAGCAGAAUGGCAGGAGUUCAAAUCUGGAGCAAAAAAAGCACCCAUCCACACCUACAUCCUCGGGGCAGCCAGCCAGGAAACAGUAAAGUACUUCCCCAGUGCAGAUGGUUGUGAGCUGGCUGACAACAUCACCUACCUGGGGCGCCGGGGUGUGUUCACGGGGGCGUCAGGGCUACAGAUAGCAUAUGUGAGCGGGCGAGAGGCCCUCCAGGAACCGGCUCCAGCGCACUGUUUCACCCCCAAAGACCUGGGCGCCCUCGUGGGUCCGCUGGCCAACAACACCAAGUUCAAGGGAGUGGACAUCCUGCUCACCUCCCAGUGGCCCAAAGGUGUCUGGCAGUACGGAAACAACCCUGAGCUCAAUACGAAGUUCUGUGGAUCCAACUCCAUCGCCAGCCUGGCUGACAAGCUGAAGCCUCGCUACCACUUUGCCGCCACUGAGGGAGUUCACUAUGAGAGGCUGCCGUACAGAAAUCACGUGGUCCUUCAGGAGAACGCCCAGCACGUCAGUCGAUUCAUCUCCCUGGCCACCGUCAACAACCCCGCCAAGAAGAAGUAUCUGUACGCCUUCAGCAUUGUGCCGUUGAAGAGCAUGGACGCGGCGGAGCUGGUGAAGCAACCCCAGGAUGUGACGGAGAACCCUUACCGUCGGGCGGGGAGAGAGGAGGGGAGGAUACUCAUCCCCGAGGCUACAGGGGAGGAGGAGCCGGCUUCCCAGUUCUUCUUUGACCUGAGCAAAAAGCAGGGCGGGGGCCACAGGGGCCGUGGCAGGAAGCGACCUUCAGACGAAGACAGGCGUGGCCAGGGACAGGCCUGGGACGGAGGGGACAGGCAGGGCCAGGGCCAACCCCUGGAAGGGGACGGCCAGCCGUGGGGGGGAGACAUGCCACCCAAACAGCCCCGCAGGCCCCCCCAGCCCACUGGCCCCUGCUGGUUCUGUCUGGCCAGUCCUCAGGUGGAGAAACACCUGGUCAUCAGCAUUGGCACGCAUUGUUAUUUGGCCAUGGCCAAGGGGGGUCUAACCCCGCAGCACAUGCUGGUGCUGCCCAUCGGCCACAUCCAGGCUGUGGUGCACAUGGGCCAGGAGGAAGUGGAGGAGCUGCAGCGCUACAAGGAGGCCGUCCGCAGCUUCUACAAGAGCAAGGGGCUUCGCUGCGUCGUGUUUGAGAGGAACUACCGCAGCCAGCACCUACAGCUGCAGGUUGUACCUGUACCCAUGGACAAGUGCUCCUCUGAGGACAUAAAGGAGUCCUUCAUGGUGCAUGCUGAGGAGCAACACAUAGAGAUGAUGGAGAUCCCAGAACACACAGACCUCAAACAGAUCGCUCCCCCUGGGACGCCCUACUUCUACGCGGAACUGGACUCCGGCGAGAAGCUCUACCACCGCAUUCAGAAACACUUCCCUCUGCAGUUCGGCCGGGAGGUCCUGGCUAGCCAAGCCGUGCUGAACAUUCCGGAGCGGGCAGACUGGAAGGAGUGCAAGCAGACGAGAGAGGAGGAGGAUGAGUGUUGCAAACGGCUGCGAGACGACUUCCAGCCCUUCGACUUUGCCUUGGACGACUGAGGAAAACGCACGCGUGCGGGAGGAGAGAGUCUUUGUUUCUGGGUCGUCUACAGCAUCCAUGUUAAGGAAAAUGAACUGAUAUGGUGUCCUCGUUUUGUUAUGUUUUCGGAGUACACAGCCCAAUGUUUGUAAAGAAGGCAUCAUGCUUUAUUUUGUAAAAGGAAAUUGAUUAAACUCUUAACGUUUGGCAAAUUCUCCUUGUAUAAACACAACGAGCAUCUCUCGCUCCCACGUCAAUGUCUAUCGCUCUCUUCUCACAACGUAGCUAUUAGCUCGCUGAGGCAUGUCUCUCACGUGCACAGAGGCUGCAACAUCACGUCUCGCACUCGGCCAAAAGCACGUGUCUAAUCCACUCUUACAUUCGUAGACCAGAGAGAUAUCCAGUGCAUUUAUACUAGAUAAUCAAAACCAAUUUGGAGGCACACACUCAUUAGUUUCCUUUUAUUUGGCAUUUGGAAGAUGUACAACGAUCUUUUCAUCAAAACGUCUGCAUAAAAAUCCACUGCUUAUAAAAUCAUACUUCUCUUAAGUUAAAAACACAUGUAGUUUAAAGACAAAAUGAGAGGCUCACACACACAAGUUAGUAAAAA